AGAGGUGGGAAAGUUCUUUCAGCUUUGAGCUUUCGCGGGGUGUUCAAGUGCACACUGAAAGAAAUUGAUUGACAAGAAGGGUGUUAAAGGGUGGUAAAAGAUCAUCGUACGCAAAGUACCAAAUUAAUUAGUAAAAGGGGAGGAAAGGUGGCUUGAGGGUGGGAGAAAACAUCACGAAGUUGGCGCGAAACGUGAAUUUGUUCGCGAAAGGGGAAAAGGUGCGCAAAGACGUUAAUUUGCAGAGGGAGAACCGACGCUGUCUUCGGGGUGCUUCGUACCCGAGUCAGCGUCGUCGCGGAAGGCGAAUCGUUGUUCAAGUCGGUGCUCUUGAGUAGUCCGCAACCGACACCGGUACAGCCGAGAAUUCGCAACAGUGCGCGAGUGUGUGGUUCUGAAAAUUUUCCACAGUCUCUCGCAAAGUCUUUCACGACCCACCGUUGGGGCACUCCCGAGAAAAAUCCCCCCAGUGGCUUUUCUUGCAAGUGCACCAGCAAAGCCGUCAGGAUGGUUUGGUCAAGUGCCUACGAUGGGGCUGAAGAGCAGAUGAGCGCAGGAGGCAAGAAGAUGACUACAGCCGAGUCCGUAAAUCACCUUGAGCACAUGUGCAGCCUGGACAUUGAUUCCAAGGCUGCCUUUGUGCGUCUCUCGGGGAUCAUCUGCACCAUUGGACCGGCUUCCAAUAGCCCCGAAAUGCUGGAGAAGAUGAUGGAGACCGGGAUGAAUAUUGCCCGUUUGAACUUUUCCCACGGAUCGCAUGAAUAUCACGCGAAUACCAUUAAAAAUAUCCGGGAAGCCGUUAAGAACUACUCAGCCAAGCUGGGAAUGGCCUUCCCAUUGGCCAUUGCUCUGGACACGAAGGGCCCAGAAAUCCGUACGGGACUCCUCGAUGGCAGCGGAACGGCUGAAGUUGAGCUGAAACGUGGUGGGAAGAUUAAGCUCACGACAAAUACGGCUUUCCUGGAGAAGGGCAAUGGUGAUCAGAUCUACGUGGACUACGUCAACAUUGUGAAUGUCGUGAAGCCUGGGAAUCGCAUCUUUGUCGACGAUGGUCUUAUCUCACUGAUUGUUGACUCAAUUGCCGGGGAUACGUUGACGUGCACGAUUGAGAAUGGUGGCGUUCUUGGGUCACGCAAGGGGGUGAAUCUCCCGGGAGUCCCCGUGGACUUGCCAGCUGUUUCCGAGAAGGAUAAGUCUGAUUUGCAGUUUGGCGUUGAUCAGGGCGUCGAUAUAAUCUUCGCAUCGUUCAUUCGCAAUGCUGAUGCUCUCCGGGAGAUCCGUGGGGUGUUGGGGGAGAAGGGGAAGGCCAUCAAGAUUAUCUCGAAGAUUGAGAAUCAACAGGGAAUGCAGAAUCUCGAUGAGAUUAUUGAGGCUUCCGAUGGCAUUAUGGUGGCUCGUGGUGAUUUGGGUAUUGAAAUUCCACCGGAAAAGGUCUUCCUGGCCCAGAAAACCAUGAUCGCUCGCUGCAAUCGGGCUGGGAAACCUGUGAUCUGUGCCACACAAAUGCUGGAAUCCAUGAUUAAGAAGCCGCGCCCAACACGCGCAGAAAUCUCCGAUGUGGCCAAUGCUGUUCUCGAUGGUGCUGACUGCGUGAUGCUGUCCGGGGAGACGGCAAAGGGAGAGUAUCCGCUUGAGUGUGUCCUCACCAUGGCCAAGACUUCCAAGGAGGCCGAAGCAGCCUUGUGGCAGAAGAACCUCUUCCAGGAUCUCGUCAGUCAGGCCGGGACACCCCUUGAGUCUGCCCAUGCUGUUGCCAUUGCAGCCGUCGAGGCGGCCAGUAAGCGUCUCGCUGCGGCAAUUAUCGUGAUCACAACAUCCGGACGCUCGGCUCAUCUUGCAGCCAAGUACCGUCCACGAUGUCCCAUCAUUGCCGUGACACGCUACCCACAGACAGCCCGCCAGUGCCACCUCUACCGCGGAAUCCUGCCACUUAUUUAUGAAGAACAAGCCCUCAGCGACUGGCUAAAGGACGUUGACGUUCGCGUGCAGUUCGGCAUGAACUUUGGCAAUUCACGCGGAUUCAUCAAGAAGGGAGAUCCAGUGAUUGUCGUCACAGGAUGGCGACAGGGAUCAGGAUUCACCAACACCAUCCGCGUCGUAAAUUAUGAAUAAAAAACCCAUCAAAUCAUCUCAAGGAGCAAGUUUCCUCACGAAGUCAUGAAGAGAGAAAGAAGAAGAAGAAAAAAACAUAUUAAUCGAGAUACUGAAACAAUAAUGUUUGUUGCAUUAGAUUGCAAAGUUAUUAAUGUGUAAAAUAAAAUAAAUUAACUGUGUAAAACGA